AUGUACAAGCCGCUCAAGCCAAGAAUCGGUGGAAUUGGUGGUGAAAACGGAAUGAAUGAGGCCUCACAUCAACCAAAAAUCCGCAACGCAGUGUUCACUCGCGUCACGACACCGCGAAACAAUCCCCUUCCCACAAGAACAUAUCCACGUUCGAUCAUUCAUCACAAAGAAUCACAAAUGGAUCAAAUAAAUCAAAACAAGACAUUUAAUGUGGAAGAUGUGACAGAUGUGGUGAAGGAUGAUGAUGGAUUCACUUGUGUCUUUAUUGGGGAUCAAGGUGAAAGGAUACGAUUGAGAUUACCCACUGAAGUCAGUGCUCGCCUUGCGCAACUUCUUGUCAAAGCAUCAAAACAUCCGAACUCCAACGAAUCACAAAAAGCUCUUCCACUCAAUGAAACCUUUCAAUGCACAAUUUCAUCAAGUGAUCCGAAAGAACGAGAGAAUCAAAUCACUCCACCACCUGCUCUUUACUCAAUGAAGAAUCUAAAAAUAAAUGGAAAUCAACGAUCACCUGAGAACAUGAAUCCAAAUCAGAAAUCGAUUCGAUCCCUUGAUGCAACAAUUCAGAAAUUGACAGCUUCUGCUGAGCAAAAGAAAACCAUCUCAGUCAUCACUCCACGCACCUCGAUUCUACAAAGUGUAAUCACCGAGAAUUUCCUGAGAGCUGCUGAGCCAUGUUCUUCAUCAAAAUGUCGUCGAUCACUUGAUGGUGGAAAACAUUUGGUUGACGGAUCGCCGAUGCCACAAACGAAGCCAGACCUCGAUGAAACUCCACUAGAAAGACGAAAAAGCCAUUCACCGAUCAACAUUGAAUCAAUUGAGCCAAAACUUCAACUAGCCGAUCAGAAUAUGGAACUAUCCGCCUCGUUCUCCGAGCAACAAGAUGAAAUGAGUCCGGAGUUGAAUGGGAAUGCGAUCCCUCGCAAAGCUGAGAUAGCUGAGCAGACACCAAUCGCUCGCAAAGCUGAGAUCGAGCAGACACCAAUCCAUCGCAAAGCUGAGAUAGCUGAGCAGACACCAAUCGCUCGCCCAUCAGAUGAGAAUUUUGUAAGU